AUGCAACCCCACGAGAGAAACCCUAAGGCUUCCAUUAGAGGAAAUAAGAUCUAUCAAGAGCUGGCCGAGAAGCAUCCAAGGCACACGUAUCAAUCAUAUCGGGAUCGGUACCUCAAAAGGCUCAAGGGGCAUCCACGCCCUGGUGGCAUGCCAGAAUCAACAGAACAACCUGCACCUAAUGAGCCCUCCAAUUUAGCUACUCGCGCAGUCCAGUCUGAGCCUCGAGGAGGAACUACACCGAGGGCUGCAUCUACUGCUAUCCAAACAAAUGACAAGAAGAGGAAACGGGUUUCCGAGGAUACUCCUGAGGAAGGAAAUGUAGACAAUUCCAACAAGCCCAGUCUGAAGAAACGAGCUACCGAAGUCAAUAUCAACCUUCCAGACCCUUUCAUCUCCGAACCUCAAACAAAAGUGGCUGCAGUAUCACAUUCAGCGACAGCUUCCAACGGGCAAAGACCAAGUCCUGGGGCAAAAGAGGCGAGAGAACGCGGGGCCACUCUGGAAUCAGAAGCUCCAGCUAAAGAGCCACACCAGCCUUCACAGCCAGACCCCCUGUUUCUGGGGUUCCCAUUUUUGCCUUCUGAUGAUGAGCCUGAAGAGGAAGAUAUGGAGCAGGAUAUCGACGCAUGGAUUGAUGAGCGACUUCGUACCGGAAAGGCUCAGCAUGAGGAACAAAUACAUCAAGCACUGCGGUGCACCAGCAUGGAUCCAGAAUUAGCUGACAGGGUCCUGGCUAUCCUAGUAGAAGGGAAACCUAUACCGGAUGAUAUGCCCGGUGUUUGGACACCUGAAGAUGAUAAAUGCAUAGAAGGAAAUGAGAGUCGAGGCAUCCAACGAGUCAUGGAGAAGCAUGGGACGGAGGCCUUCAACAAUCGCUGGGAGUACCUCAGCAUGGUCAGAGAGGCCGGUCUUCUGGAUACCCUAUGA